AGAUAAUUAGCCAAAGUGUGAAGGUCUAGAUUGUUUUUGUGGACAAGAUUUGUUAUGACUGUAUAGACAAUUAAAAUCACAGGAUUGCUAUUUCAUCCAUAUUUUCCUAUGGCUUUAAACAGUCUGUGUGCAUGGCUGUACCAGGGCCAUCAUUGGGAUUGUUCCCAUAUUGCCACUGGCACCAAAAAAAAUAUCUUCCUUACACUGUCAACGAGUGUAAUAACAUCAAUGACUCACUUCAUCAUUUUGUGGGUUGUUCAACCGGUAAGGCAGCCGCUCUCAUUGAAGCAAUCCAACCUAAGCUUAAACUAAUCCUCCCAGACUACAUACAGGAUAACCAAGAAGAUUCUAUCUCUGAAACAAUUAAGAAUCUCUGUAAAGAAGGGAAAUUUCAGGUUGCCUUAGAUAUUUUUUAUAUUCUGAAGAAACGCCAAGAUGUUAGUAUAGACAGUGAAGUAUAUGCUGUUCUUCUGGAUGGGUGCUACAACAUGAGAAGCAUAAGAGCUGUGGAAGAGAGCAGGAGAGUUCACAGGCACAUGGUGGAAUCAGGGAUUGAAGUGGAUUCUUCUCUGAGUGCAAAACUUGUGUUUAUGUAUGCCAAUCGUGGGAAGCUGUUGGAUGCACGCCAAGUGUUUGAAAAAAUGCCUGAACGAGGUCUGGUGACAUGGAAUGCGAUGAUUGGAGGCUAUGUGAAGAAUGGGCGUAGUGAUGAGGCUCUGAGAAUGUUUUGUGAGAUGAUAGAGGAAGGAGUGGUGAUGGAUAAUUAUACGCUUGGAAGCGUUCUCAGAGCGUGUGCUUCAAAGUGUGAACUUGGGGUGGGACGACAGCUCCAUGGUUGUGCUAUUAGAAUGGAGUUUCAGAAUAAUGUAUAUGUGGGAAGCGCUCUUCUUGAUAUGUAUUCUAAAUGUGGGAGAAUUGAAGAUGCACGCAAAGUGUUUGACAAAUUGCUUAAGAAAAAUGUGGUGUCUUGGAAUGCCAUGAUUGCAGGAUAUGCCCAACAUGGGUAUGAAGUGGAGACUUUGAGAUUGUUUGGUGAAAUGCAGUUUGCAGGGGUGAAGGCAGACCAUUUCACCUUUCCGAUCAUUCUUCGGGCUUGCAGUCGGUUGGCAUUGCUGGGACAGGCGAAGCAGGUUCAUGGAGUGGUUGUUAGAUAUGAACUUGAGCUAGAUUUUGUGCUGGGGGGUGCGCUUGUGAAUUUGUAUAGCAAAUGGGGAAGGAUAGAAAAUGCUCACCAAGUGUUUGACAAAAUGCCUGAGAAGAGUAUUAUCUCUUGGAAUGCAAUGAUUGCAGGUUAUGGUAUUCAUGGACGAGGGAAAGAAGCUAUACUGCUUUUUGAGCAAAUGCAAAGAGAGGGGUACAAACCGAACCAUGUUAGCUUAUCAACUAUUCUGUCUGCAUGCAGUUAUUCUGGUUUGGUUGAUGCAGGAUGGCAAUACUUCGAUUCCAUGAGGCAGGAUUAUGGCAUUUCUCCAAGAGCACGGCAUUAUGCCUGCAUGGUUGAAAUUAUUGGUCGCAGUGGGAACUUGGAUGAUGCUUAUCAUUUCAUCAGAAAAAUCCCUAUCAGGCAUAACGCACAUGCGUGGGGUGCUUUGCUUGGUGCUUGUAGAAUCCUCGUAAACGUUAAAUUAGGAGAGGUGGCUGCAGAACAUCUCUUCAAACUAGAGCCCAACAAGAUUGGAAAUUAUCUAGCGAUGCUAGAUAUCUAUGUUGCAGCAGGGAAGAAAGAGCAUGCAGCAAGGUUGAGGAAAAUGAUGGAAGAUAGGGGAUUGAUUCAGGGUUCAGAAUGCAGCUGGAUUGAGGUCAAGGGGUGUGUUCACAUGUUCAUUACGGGAGAUAGGUUACACCCACUAAGGGAAGAGAUCUAUGCAUUGUUGAAGAAGCUGACCACCCAGUUGAAAGAAGCAGGGUUUCUCAAAAUCAUCGCAUUUGUGCUGACUGCCAUACCACAAUUAAGUUUAUCUCCAAGGUUGUUGAUCGAGAAAUUGUCGUUCGAGAUCCUAAAUGCUUUCAUCAUUUCAAAGGAGGAUUGUGUUCUUGUGGGGAUUAUUGGUGAACCUUAUUCAAAAAUCAACCAUCCCCUGCUGUAGGUAUUAUUGUUUUGGAUUGUACUUCAAUUUUGAGUAUAAAUCAUGACUACUUUAACAUCUGUUGAUAAACUUGACUGGGAUGCUGAUUGGGUUGGAUUCAGAAUACAAAAGAUCUUCUGGUGUACAA